UGUGAAAUCAACUGCCUGCUUGGUUGUUUGUCUGUCUACACCUAUAGGCUUUUUUAUAUACAUAUAUAUAUUUCUACCCUUUGUAAAUCUUUCUAUCCACCCCCUUGUAUAUCAAAAUUUAGACAGUUUGACAGGUCGUUUUAUCCACACACGCACGCACACACUUAUACAUACGUACAAUCACAGGCGUUCUAGCACACUCAGUAUUCAUGCGAUAAAUUUCUGACAGUUUUUGACAGUUUGACGGCACUCUUCUCACAGCAAGUAGUCAGUAUACGUACGUACUCUCUCUCUCUCCAUAUAUCUCGUUAAGAACUCUGCGUGACUCUACGUAUCUAUCUGUCUCAAUCUGUCGUAUGUUAUAUAUUACAACUGAAGGAGACUGACAUGGGCAACCACCUUAGAUGGCCUUCAAAUAAUUAUUGACAGAUUAGGUGAUAAAUAAAACAAACGAAAAAAAAUUUAUCCUAUUUUGGAAUUUGGACAUUCUGAUAUAUUUCUGAAUUUGUUUCAACGAAAAAUAUUAUCGAUUGAUUAAUUGAUUGAUUGAUUGAUCGCCUGAUUCAUUGUUCACAUUCAAGUACCCCUGUUGGUGAUUGUUUUGCCUAUCAUCUACCCAUCGAUACCAACAUACUUCUAUCCUUGUAUUACAAAAACAAAAAUUCAUUAAUCGAUCGAUUCAUCCAGCCAUCCAGCCAUCAUUUAUCAGGAAAUACAAUCUCACCGAGGUAAAGACGAAAUUCUUCAGUGGAUUAUAGUACUCAUUUACUAUUCAAUGCACCGAAGUUAUUGUAGAUAUUCAACUUUUUUGAGAACAUUCUAUAUCAAUAUUGAUUUGGGAUAUAUAUUGAUCUAUCUGUGUAUCUAUAACUACAUACAUAUACAUCUAUAAAUCGUGUAUUGUAUUUCACCUAUUCUUGGAAUUACGUGAAUAACAACACAACAACAACAGCGGAAAAAAUCAAUAAAUGAACUCAAGUAAUAAUAAACCCCAACAAAAUUCACCUGAAAUAUACUCAUCAUCUUCACCAAAUCGAAUUCCAACGUCUGCCUACUCUUCUUCGUGUAAUAAACAAGUCAGUCAUACUACUGAUAAUAACAAUAACAGUAGUAUUAGUAGUAGUAAUAGUAAUAAUAGUAAGAUGUUAUCCUAUGAUACAAACACUCCAUGUGAUAAACAUGAAGAGAAUACUCCAUCGAUACAUGCCAACCAUCCAUAUCAUUCUGCUAAUGUAACGCCCAUAUCUUCGUCUACAUCCCUACCUUCGUCAACGACGUGUAUAUCCGCUUCCUCUUCAGCGUCCUUAUCUUCAACCUCCACUUCUUCUUCGAAUGCACAAUGUAUUGAUCCCAGUUCUACAACAACAAUGAAUACAGAUCAGCGGACAACACCAACGCCUACAGGAACAAUGACAUUACCGCUAUCCGAUUCAUCGAAUACCUUCACUGCAAGAUCAUCUAAUGACUCCCCAGUUAUUUCAACAUCGUGUAAUAAUGAUCCACGUGUGGAGAACAAUAAUAAUAAUAAUAGUAAUGGUAAUGGUAAUGGGAACAAUUCUGGACAUAUGAAGCGUAAAACGAGUAUGAUGAAGCCUGAGGAUGAUUGUAAUUACGAUAGUAACAGUAAUCAUAGCAACAGUAAUAGUAAUAGUAAUGCUAAUACUAAUACUACUACUAAUAAUAAUGUUAGUAAUAUCUCAUCCUAUUAUCCUACAACCUAUUCGAAUACACCAACACUCGGUGGGAGUGGGGGUGGUGUCAGUGGACCCAAUGUAAAUAAUAAUAAUACAAGUAACAUGAUUCCCAGUGGGGGAGUUGUUACCGCUAAUAACAACAAUCCUACGCAUCGUUUAUCCCUAAGUCAUCCUAUCGGUACAUCAUCACAUCCACAUUUGAUGAAUUAUUCCGAGAUGAAUUCACGACAUUUAAUGCCGACAUCAGCAUCAGCGUCAUCAGUGUCAUCAUCGUCGAAUUCAGGGACAAUGAACAGUAAUCAUCAUACUGGUCAUGGGAUGAAUAAUCACACUAAUAACAGUAGUAACAGCUCAGAAACACCGAUCCACAAAGCUAGAACAGCACUAUAUGAGCAUCCAUUAUUCCCUCUGUUGGCGCUGAUCUUUGAAAAAUGUGAAUUAGCCACCUGUACACCACGUGAUCCAAUGUCAGCGGCAGCUGUUGCAGCAGCCGCUUCUGCAUCUGGUAAUACAAAUCCUGGAAAUAUGGAAGUAUGGUCAUCGGAAUCAUUCAAUGAAGAUAUUAUUGUAUUUGCUAAAGAGUUGGUAAACUCUCAGAAAACAAUUCGUACCAGUGAUCCUGAAUUAGACUCCCUGAUAAUUCAAGCGAUUCAGGUUCUCCGAUUUCAUCUUCUUGAAAUCGAGAAGGUGCAUGAACUCUGUGAUAAUUUUUGUUCUCGUUAUAUAACCUGUUUACGUGGUAAAAUGCCAAUAGACUUAGUGAUUGAAGAUAGAGAUUCAGCUGGAUCCACAGGAUCAGGAAACAGUCCACAACCAGUGAAUUGUUCAGUGAAUCAGUCACAAAUGAAUGCGGCCGCUGCCGCCGGUGGUGGAUUACAACAUCCAGGUUCAAAUCAUCCUGGUUCAGUAAAUAUGUUCAACAGUUUAAUUGAUGAGUCUAAUAGUGGAUUGGCGGCAAUGCAACAACAACAUCAACAACAACAGCAGCAGCAACAUUCUCUCUCACAUCCUGGUAGUAUGUCAAAUUAUGCAAAUAACCCAGGGUUUCGAGGUGAUCCAGCGGCAGCGUAUGCCGCAGUUGCUGCAGCGGCUUCUGUCUCUCAAAUGGGUGGUUUACUGGGUCUUGGUGGUAUGUAUCCUUGCUCAAAUCUUCCUUCAUCAUCGUCAGCAGCGGCAUCCUCAUCAUCAAAUGCAGCAUUUCAUUCAAUGUUUGGUGGUGAUCCACGGUAUAAUCCUAAUUCACAUAGUUCUCCAGCGCCUGGUUUCCCUGACGCUUCAAAUUACUAUGGCCACCAUCAUCAACAGCAACAACAGCAACAGCACCAUCAGUCACAUCAUCAACAUGCCGGUGGUGGUCACUCCAACUACCAUCAUCCUGGUAUGUAUUCAUCAUCAAAUCCAUCAGGGUUUGGCGGCGGGAUGGAUCUAGGCGGAUCUAAUGAUCUGCUCAGACCACCACAUCUUGGUUCACCUUAUUCAAGUCAUCAUCAUCUAUCGAAUGUAUCCGGAAAUUUUAAUAGUAUUAACUCACAAAAUUUUAGUGGACAUCUGCUAGGCAGUGGACAACAUAAUGCUUCGAAUCUCAGUGCAUUUGGACAACAUCAACUGUCAGCUGACGCACUGUCAUCUUCUUCAUCUUCUGGAAUGGUUGGACGAUCAAAAAAUUCCUCCCCAUUACUUGGAAGUGUUGGUAGUCGACGGUCACCGGAUGCAGAUGAUCGGACAAGUCCAAAUGGUGGACUAGGUGGUGCUGGUGGAGGUAAUUCCGGUCAUCGUAAUGGUGGAACAUCCGGAUGUGGUGGAAAUUCCAGUAAUAAUCAUCGUGGUGGGGAUGGAGGAGGAGAUGUCGGCGGGGGUCAUGGUGGUGGGGGUGGCGGGGGUGGAGAUCGUGGUCGAUCGUCUGAUAAUUCAGGAGGUGGUGGGCGUACUGCAACUAAUAAUAAUCAACAUGUUAUGGUUGAUCAAGGUGGUGGUGGUGGUGGUAUAGGGCGCCAAAAUCAUAAUAAUCUUCAUCAGCAUCAUAAUCAACAACAGCAACACCAACAUCCGCAUUCUUCACUGACGCAUAUGUCACAGAAUCUGUCACAAUCUAAUACCCCAAUGUCUCGUAGUCAUGGUAAUGCAAGUCAAGAUAUGAAUAGUGAAGCAGGUGAUGGAAUCGAUAAUUCUAUUGGAUCAGGUGAAAAUCUUGAUGAAUUCGACCUAGAGGAGAAAUCAAUUAAACGUCAAAAGAAACGUGGAAUAUUUCCUAAAGCGGCGACAAAUAUUAUGCGUGCAUGGUUAUUUCAACAUUUAUCACAUCCCUAUCCAUCUGAAGAACAGAAAAAACAGUUGGCCACUGAUACCGGUUUAACCAUCUUACAAGUUAAUAACUGGUUUAUUAAUGCACGAAGACGUAUUGUUCAACCAAUGAUUGAUCAAUCGAAUCGAGCAGGCCCACAUGGUUAUCCACCCGAUGCUACAGGAUGUCUACCGUAUAUGGAUAAUCAACAUUUUGCUGCCUAUGGACGUCCAGGCACUGGUGGCGGAGCUGGAGGAGGUUUUCAUCCCUCAUCUCUACGUCCUGAGGAAUUUUAUGCCGCGGCAGCAGCUGCCGCAGCUAGUAGUACACCAGUUGGAGGAGAUAUUGACAGUCAUAUGAAUAAUACUGGACGUGGAGGCGGAUAUAUGCCGAGUUAUCUUGGCGGGAGUAUGACAGAUUCAGAUUUUCCUGGUGUUAACAAUCCAAUCAGUGGUUAUCCUCGUGGUGGAGGUUAUCCACCAUCUCUGUUAGGUGGUCACCUCCCCUACGGUCCAUAUUCUGCUCCAUCACCCACUCCACCAUCGAAUACAAGCAGUCUAUCUGGAAGACAGUCAUCGAAUCAAUUUCCUGGACAAUUUGGUCUAUUUCAAAAUUCACAUAACACUAAUACUAAUAGUACUAAUUCAGAGAAUAAUAGUAAUAACUAUUCGGCGUCUGAGUCAAAACUGCGUACAGCUGCUGACGUCGACAGUGUUCAAAAAGCGACAUUGGCUGUUGCUCAGUAUGCGGCAGCUCUCGCCUUACAACAGCAACAGCAACAACAACAACAGAAACGUAAUUAUCCUGUAACACCAACAACAACCACGACUGGUCUAAGUCCUGGCUCAAAUAAUUCUACACCCAGUGUAUCUGUUGCCGGAUAUACAUCACCUAACAAUACCUAUCGUGGUAUGACUAACGGACAUCAUUCAAUGUCAAGCCAUCCAACUCCUCUAUCACCAGUGCAUAAUGGAAGUCCUAUCCCAUCGUCUGGUGUUCCAUUCAAUGGAUCUAAUGGUAGUAACAUUCCACCGGCGGCUCAUUUACAACAGCAACAACAGCAACAUUCAAUGACGGCGGCUAGUAGUUCACCGACAUCAUUCCCCGUGUCAAAUAAUCGACAUUCAAAUUUAAGUCUACCACAUUAUGGACAUCAUUCAAAUCAUGUGAGUAAUCUUCAUCAUUCUCACCAUCCUCACCAUCAUCAUGCUCAUCAUGGAGCAGGAGGAUUCCUACCGUCCGUCGGUGGUCAAGAUGCUAUCCCGCAACCAUCGUUACAAGAUAUACAUGCUGGGUAGAUAAAAAACCGCAUACACAUUCACACACACACACACACACAAAAUCAGUAUUUCAGGAAAUCAACAAACAUUUAUGAGGAUAUAUAUGUGUAUGUGCAUAUGUAUUUAUGUAUGUAUGUAUUGAUUAGUUAACGUCUAACUCUUGCCCAACCGAUCGAUAUAUUUGAAACCCGGUGGAUCCAUUUCCUCCCCACAUUAUUAUUAUUACUAUUAUUGGGAUCAUUAGUAUCAUUGCCGCCAUUAUUGCUACCCAUCAUAAUUACAUAACACAAGUACGUAAGCCGACAAACUAACAACACAAACAAACAAACAAAGAGACUGUGAAGUCUGCGCCAAACUUACCAAACAAACACGGAACUGGACAACAUGAACUGAUAAAUAUACAAUGUGGUACAUAUUUAUGUAUGUGUGUAUAUCCUGCAUAACUCAAUUCACCCACCCACCCACACACAUACAUACACACUUAACCUAUUGAUUAGUCAAUUUGUUUUUUGAUCUUAAAACUUCUAGUAUGUUUUUUUCUGUUUGUUUUCGAAAUUUUUCACUUCAGGCAGCUGCUUACUUCAGUUAUGUAUAUUCCUGACCUGUCUCUGCAUGUGUCUGUGUGUGUGAGUGUGCCUGCUGUACAUUUCUCGUAGUGAUUGGUGUUGUUGUUGUUGUUGAUAGUGUCACCAACGGUUGCCAUGGCAACCGACACCACUGUUGUUAUUCAAGAUUGGUGAAUACAGCGAAUUUAAUGAGGAGGAGGGGGAAGAGGAGUACUAGUGAUCUUGACUGUGUGAACUUCAUUUCCCCGAUUAUGCAUAAAGGAUCAUCGUGGAGAUAUUAUCAUAUAUUUGAACUAAGCUUAUCGAUUAUACAUUUACUCAUUUAUCCAUACGCCCACGCACACACACACAUCUUACUAGUCAUGUACUUCUGUUGGUCUUCUUUCUUUCUUCCAUUCUGAACCCCCUUGCACUAUGUGCUUACGAAAUUGAAAAAAAAGUCGAUUGCACUCUAUUGAUCUUCUGUUUUAGUAAUAUUUAUAAUAAUGAUUAUUAUUAUUAUUUCAGUUGUUGUUCUUUCCCCUCCCCCUGACAACAAGACAACCUUUUCUUUUUUAAGCUAAAAAUAGGUGAUUACGUAAUACUAACUGAUCGAUUGAUUGGCUAAUGAUUCCGUCUCUAUCUUUGUUUCUUUUUUUCUUGUUUUUACUUGAUCUUUAACUAAUUUUCAAAUUUCUAUGACUUUUCAUGUGUAUAUUUGUGAGUUUCAGUGCGGAGGGGAGGGGUGCGUACGUGCGUGUACGUGUCAGUACGUUAAUUUGUUGGCCUACUUGUAUGUAUGUCAGUUUAUAUGUAAAUGCGUUCAUUAUUACUAUUAAUAUUAUCAUUACUCUUACUAAAUAACUAACUAUUCUUGUGAGGUAAUUAGGGGAUAGACUGAUCAAGCAGGUUUGAAUUCCUCUGUUCUUACUCUUUUCCCCAUGCACAUUGUUUCUCCAACAUUCACACACACACACACACAGACACAAAGAGACAUUUAUAGAGCCUUUGUGAAAGGAAAACAUGAUCUUGAUUCUUGACUUUGAUAUUACUCAUUUUUAGUUCCUUCGUCAGUCGCCCGCACACACACACACACACAUACAUGUAUACAAAGACAUUUAUUUGAAAGUGAUUCGUUAAGACAUUAACUAUGUAUUCAGAAAAAAGCGAAGCAAAAAAACCUAUUACACAACAUGAGUAAUCGAUCCCGUGUAGAAUCAAUAUUAGCGUUAUCAACGGCAUCAUUAUCCGAAUGAAAACUUCACCACCUAUCACAUACUUAUCCCAACCUCCCACACAGUUCAUGUACUCGUUAUGUACACACACACAUACAGACAGACACAGAUAGACAUUGAGAUUGAAUGAUCCACCGCUUCUUGAUAUACCCCUUCGGCACCCCACCCCACCCCCCAACGUCAUCACAUCCACCUACGCUGUGUACAACAAAUACUACUAUUACUACUACGGAUGCUAUUGUAUUCUAAAAUAUGAAUGAUGAAAGUAGUAGUCUACCGAAAAAUAUCAUUUCCCAACCCCCCUCCCCGUCACCCACCCACACAGUCUCCCCCUCCCUCCUUGUUAUUUUUCCUCCAAUAUUCCCUUCUUGGGUUUUUUUUUAUAAAAUAAUAAUAAUAAUAGUAGUAAUAAUAAUGAUAAUAAACUGGAGGAUAUAUCCAUAUAUGCCUACGAACUCUUUUUCCUACUAAUUAUUCAAUUAAUUUAUCGGCCGAUCAACUGAUUGAUUGAUUGGUCGAUUGAUCGAUCGAUCGAUCGAUAAGAUCAAGUGAUCGUGAAAAGAAAAACUUUUUUUCUCUUUUUUUUGGUUGCCGCACAUUUUAUUUUUGUUUUACUUCUAUCUAACUAUCUAUCUAUCUAUUAUUAUUAUUAUAAAUGGCAAAACGUACACACACACACCCACACACACAAACAAACAAACAAAUAUGCAGACACUGCUCACACACACAGGCGCAUAUAUAUAUAUAAUAUACGUAUAUGUAUACACAAAUAUGAAAAUUAAAAAAAUUUCGGUCUUCAUCUAUAAAUAAACUUGUGUAAUAGUUGA